AUGAGUCCAGAAGAAGAACAGACGAGGAGGAGAAGGAGCUCCAAUGCUUGCAUCCGAUGUCGUCGGCACAAGAUCAAAUGCAGCGGAAAGGUCCCCUGCGAUGCGUGUAGACGCCGUAGGUUCAACUGCGAAUACGAAUUGGAGGAGCCGAAAGUGUUUGUCUCCAAAAGGUACCUCUCCGAAUUGCAGACAAAGUUGGCAUUACUGGAGGCGAAACAAGAUAACCCUUCAGCCUGUGUCCAAGAAUCAACACCCACUUCUCGUAUUCACGUUGAGAAUGGCGAGAUAACUAACCCAGUGUAUUCUCCCGAAUUCUUGACCCAUGUCGCAGGACCAGGAGGUGACUUUCAUUACCUUGGCCAUUCCUCAAACUACUCUUAUACACAACGGGUACUGCGACUGUUGCAUGCCCGCUUCUCAAAUGAUCCCUUUCCAUAUGGCACUUACAUCCCUGCCGAGGCAUCUGACCUGGGAUGGGAUGGCAGGAGGGCAACUGCUGAGUUGGAGACUGAUACGUUGCCCUCUCUCGAUCAUGUCAUCUUCCUUCUCAACGCGGUGAAAUUCCAUGCAGGGCAGAUCUACCAUCUGUUUGAUGAGACUUCAUUCAUGCCCCAGCUGUAUCAAUUUUACUCUGACCCCGUCGAAAACAUGACGAGAAUGGACCUUUGGUACAUCCACUUUCUCAUUCUUCUCGCAUUCGGCAAAGCUUUUGUUGUCUCCGAGGUUCAGGAGGGGAAGCCGCCAGGAUCGGAGCUGUUCGUCCGUGCCGUAAAGCUGCUGCCCGAAGCUACCUACUUACUUGGAGAGUUCGUUACUGCAACUGAGAUUCUUUGUUGCAUGGCACUCUACUAUCAAGCUCUUGACGCGAGAGUCUUGGCAUAUGAUAAGAUUGGCCAAGCCGUAAGGUUGGCCAUUGGUUCCGGAAUGCACACUCCCAUGCAGCCGGAUCAAGUUGACCAGCAGUUGAUCCAACGAUGUCGAAAGGCAUGGUGGACAAUUGUAGUGAUAGAUCGUCAGAUAUCGUGUUUGAUCGGGCUCCCGAUUCAAGUGCGAGACGAGGACAUAACUACCCCAUUGCCUGUAUUUCCCGAUUCAAACCAACGCAAUGCGUCUCUAAAUAUACAGGUUGGCUUAUCUCGCGCACUCGCGCAUGUUGUGAACACCGUGUACCGAAGUGGGAGCACACGCCACCUCAACUUCAUUGGAAGCAUCCAAGACGCGCUUCGAAAUGUAGCAAGCGUAUCUGAGGAGCUUCGUACACAUUUCGCCUUACCUGGUCCGGGUUCUGUUGGGGGGAUAUCUCCCAUUGCUGCCCAUCUCAAUAUACUCUACCACCACUGCAUUGUUGUUGCUACGAGACCCUUUUUAUACUUGUUCCUGGAAAAGCGGUGUAAAAGCUCGGUGGAUAGAGUCGCCGUCUUAUUUUGCAAAGAGCCUAUUCGCCAUAUCCUGAAAAUUGGAAUCGAGUCUGCGAAGCGAAUAAGUGCUAUCCUUCACGCAUUGAAACAGCAGCAUUUAAUAGAAUCAUUUCUGGCCUUUGAGUUGGAGGCGGCUUUCUCUGCUGGUACGUUUAUCGCCAUUUCCGAGGCAUGUUUUUCUUCUCUGCUCAAACAUGAUGGCCCAUCUUUACCUGCCAUUUCCGAAAGCCUUCAAGUCAUGGCUACAAAAGGCAAUCUCCCUGCCAAAUUUAGGCUCAUGGAUCUGAAUACAUUGACCCGGUUGCUUGGGGAUUGCCAGGACUUGUCUCAUGACACUCAGGAAGAAGGAGAGGCGGAGUCGACUGUGGCAGCUGAUCAGACGGAGAUUGCCUCGUCUCAGUCUGACUUGCAGGGCUUUGACACUGGCUCUAUUGUUCUGCCGGAUUGGCUGGAAGGUGCCGAAGCGGAGGAUCUGUAUUCGCCCUCGCAUCGCUUGGAGACGAUUGCAGAGUCCCUGGAUGGCUGGGAUUCAACGGGGUGGUUCUCUAGCUUGGCUUAUGAUACAUGA